GCGGUGCUUGGCCGAAUCAAACGCUUCCCGCCGCGAGAGGUAACGCGUGAUGGCACUCAGUGUACCUCAGUAAUUCAUCGCUUAAAAUGAAAGAAACGCUGCUAUUGUGACUCAGAGGUACGAUGGGGAUAAUAUUAUUCAUUUAUUCAACUUUGUCGUUUGCUGUUGCAGUCUGCAGCAGCGAAACUGUGGCCGUGAAAGACGUGGGCGUGGAAACCCUGAUGAAAUACGAGAUGGAAGAGCUCUUGGAAGCGUUUUCUGAAACCUGGGCGGACUUUGAAGAUAGUCUGCGUGUUCCUGAUCAAGUGGCCACCAGCGAUCGUUCGUCUGGAAAGAACAGUGAUGGAUACAGUCCUGAAGGUGUCAUAGUUCGUAACGUUCAUAGUGAAAUACAAUGGCUUGCAGGUGAUGAGAAUGAACGGAUAGCUUUUCGUAGCGGUACGAAAAGCGAGGUGCCAUCUCAGUCCUCGGCCACUUCCUCGUCGGGAGACGGCGGCUCAAAAGACCGAAAAAGAAGAAGAAGGAGGAGGAGGGGGGGAAAGUCUACGGGAUUUCACCCCCACGAAGCCUCCUCCCCCGUCAGGAGAAGAUCUGCACCCCCAGAGAACCUAUUCCUGAGGAAGAAAGAACCGAGGAGGUGUAUGGGGACAGGUUCAGCUUCCGUCUUCUCGGGGGCCAACGCCCUCAACUACAUGAGCUUCCUGGUGACGAUGAGCGCCCUCGUCCUCAACAUCAACAACAACAUCAACAGCAACAACAACAAUAACAACAACAACAACAAUAACAACGUGCAGAAUAACAACGUCAAUACGAACCUCAAUGCCAACAACGCCAAUCAGAUCAACAUCAUGCCACCAGGACGCCGAAGAAGACGAAAUUCUGGGAACUCAAACAGAUCCUGCAGGGCAUACCAAUGUAUGGGACCAACAAGCAGAUACUUCUUAGACGCCGCCGAUGUCCUGACAAAGGCGCUGACGGAGGGUCCGACUUAUCUUAGCAAGAUAAAGGCUCAUCAUUGAAGCAUACAAGAUGGUAGUCUCUAAGCUUCCAGUAUUUUUCCAGGGAUACUCGCCAGAAUGCAGCCAGAGAAGUCAGCAUUUCUGAAUGAUUUUCCAGAUGGCUUUCAGUCUAUUAUGUUGGAAACCUAUCUUGUUAAA